AUGUCUCACCUCACAUACUACAACUACGAAGGCGUCGGCAAGACCAACAACAAAGAAUACUCCUACUCCCAAGCCGUCCGCAUCGGCAACACCAUCAAGUGCUCCGGCCAAGGCGGCUGGGACGACCAAGGCAACAUCGACAAGGAAGAUCUCAAAGGCCAAAUUGACCUUGCUUUCAAGAACGUCGAGAAGAACCUCAAGGACGCUGGCGCAAGAGGCUGGGCUGAUGUUCACUCUGUCAGGAGCUACCACAUCUCGCUCUCUGGCUCUUUUGACUUGAUGGUUGAGGCUUUCCGUAAGUGGAUGCCUGAUCAUCAGCCUACGUGGACGUGUGUUGGUGUUACUGAGUUGGGUAUUCCUGGUAUGAUUGUUGAGAUUGAGGUGGAGGCCAAUAUUGCGCAAUAA